AUGGUCGUCAAAGCUCUGAAACAUUCUUCCAUCGCCAGAAAUGGUGUUGGAGCAUACGUCUUCCCUUGCAAAAAGAUCGUACUACAAUACUGCAAUUGGGGCGGAUCAUCGCAAGGAAUGCGGGACUUCUUGACUAGUAAAAGACUAGACCUUUUGGCACGCAAGUUUCCUGAUAUUGAAUUUAAUGUGCUCAAACAAUCUGGACAUCCUCUGGUAAGAGCUCACUAUACUAAUGGUAGAGAGAAAGUGAUCUGCGUGAAAAAUCUCAACAUUGACAACGUUGAAAACAAGCUCAAACUACUCAAGGAUUCGUCGGGAGAAAUUUUGCACCAUCGUGUGGCCAAUGAUUACGUGGAAUCUCUCAACUCGAGCGUUAGAGGCGUAUGGUCUCCAUUGCAUGUGGAUCCUUCGGCUAGGCAUAAGGUAUGA